CAAAAUAAAAAAAUAAACGAGUAUUUGUUGAAAAUUUAAAGAUUUAAAAUGAGUUUCCAUAGCCGAAGUUCAAGCGAAAUAGAAGUAAUUCAAUAUCGCGAUGUACUGCCAGUAUUCAUCAAAGACUUUUUUAUGGACUUUAAUUUUGCGGAUGUCAAACACAAAUUUAAGAUAAAGAAUUUAUUUACAGAAAGUGACUUUAUAUCACUAACUGAAGACUUACGGAAAUCACCCAAACAACAAAUUCUACAGCUUUUUCACAUAUUAUGUUCAAAUGAAAAUCUUAUACCAGAUUUUUUGGAUUUGAUCGAAUACGAAUACAAAUGGCUUGUUGACAAGAUUAAAUAUGAACGUAACACACCAAGUAAAGAGACCUCUCAUUAUAUUGACGUUAGCAAAUCACUGCGCAGCAGAUACCAAAAUCACACUGAGUUUAAUGUACUUCGCAUAGAACCAUAUACAAAAUUACGAAAUGCGUUAAGACAACUGCAACCACACCAUAAAGUUGUAUUGGUUGGAGAGUAUGGUUUGGGUAAAAAGUGGCUGGCCCUUGAUGUUUGUUACGAAUAUACCGUGCUUCAAUCAAUGAAUUUCAAAAUCUUUAGAUUUGAUGUUAGCAAGUGCAAUAGUCCUGAGGAAGAUCUAAGAGUCUUACAGGAGUUUUAUAUAGUUCUAGAAAAUACCAAUUAUGUAAAAAGUUACGAUAGCAUCUCUAAUCAUAUAUUGGAUCUGCAACAACGAAUUAGACAAAAAUUAACAAGAAAUGAGUAUAAAAACUGUUUAAUCAUUCUGGAAAAUGUGCAAAACGCUAAAUCAUAUCAAGCAUUCAAUUUAGGCUGUAAAAUGUUGAUAAUAACACGUUAUAAUGCAGUGAGUGAUUCACUUUCAUCUAAAAUGAAUAGAAUAAUUGAUAUGGAAAGAAGAUUAACACAAAAUGAGUUCUUUUGCUUGUUUGAGAAAUAUCUUAAUCGCAAUCGUCGAGAGUUUCCAUCAAAUGCAACAGAUAUAUAUGAACACUGUAAAUGCCAUCCGUACUUACUGAGCAUAGUUGCAAAAAAUAUGCGACAAAAAUAUUUUGAUUGGGCGUACUGGAUACGUAAGUUAAAAUGCAAUGGAUUUUCUUCUGAACUUACCGCAGUAAAAUGGUCUUUCGAUGUAUUGUCUGAACAAAAUUUGAAUUUAUAUGAAACGUUUUUAAUCUUCCAGCAAAAAACAUCUAUUCCAAUUAAGUUACUAGCCGCUCUUUGGGAUAAAACUGAAACUGAGUCCGAAGACAUAAUCCAAACAUUCCAUAAGUUCUCUCUUGUCCAUAAGGAAGGAAAAGAAAUCACUAUACCAUAUAUUUACAAUUUAUAUUUAAAGCAAAAUGUAAAAGACUUAAAUGAAUUGGACUUACAUAGAAAAAUCAUCGAUUAUUAUGAGGUUGAUAAAAUUUUAAAUCGCAAUGAUAUCGACUUCUGUGAUAUAAAACAUGACAAAUAUUUUUUCGAGAAUAUUGGUUAUCAUAUACAUGAAGCAAAACGACAUGAUUUAUUUCAAAUAUAUUUUGAUUUUAAAUUUUUGGAACAAAUUAUAAGAACCGUUGACUUAGCAUAUACUAUUGCACUUUUGAAAUGUUACGAAAAUGAAAUCAUAAAUUUAGAUAAUCGUAAAGAACAACUCCUACACGAAUUAUAUGCUUUUUUGCCAAAAAUUGAAGAGAGAUUAACUGCUUCAGCUUAUACAUGCCUUCUUCAAUAUGCAUUAAUGGCAAACGGUGCAAUACGUGAAAGUGCGUUGAGGCAAGUGGAAUUAUAUCCAAAUCGUACUUGGUUCACAGAAAACGGCUUUUUCCAUCAACAACGACAGAUUGUCAAUUUGCCAAAUGAGGCAAAAAUGGUGCAUAUACUAAAGCAUUAUGAGCCAGAUAUAUGUAUUGUCGUUUGCGAGAACAAUAUCCUGCUAUUAGAUGUUUCUCUGGAAUGUUUAACUGGUCCUAUAUCUUUGACUAAUGAUGACAACAACCAUUCGCCAAUAAUUGAAGCGCGCUUAUUUCGUAAAGAUGAAUUUCUGCUUACACUCAAUAGAAAUGGUGAAUUGUUAUUGUGGUCCAUUGCAGACGACCGUCGCCGGGCUUUUCGUAGGCCUAGCACCAAGCAAAAGAUUAAUCCAAUAAAAUGUAAGCAAAUCACUAGGCAAAGGAAUUUGUGCAAACAAAACAUACGUGAUAUACCAAUUUAUAUAAAUGGCAAGAUUGUUGCAUUUGACGUUGAAGUUGGUGCAAGUACCGAUAAUAUCAAUUUGCAUGUCGCUUGUGAUAGUGGUGAUAUAUAUUUUUUUAAAUGGAAUGCUUAUGACAAAGAAUUUGAAUAUGGCAAACGUCCCAUACUGCGAACCAAUAUUCGAGAUAUUCGUUCGUUUUGUAUAUUAAAAAAAUACUAUAUGCUGCUUAAUGCUUCAAAUAAAAUUAGUUUCUGGAAUCUUAAAGAUAGUUCAAAUGAAGAUGAACCAUUUUAUUGGCCGGUACAAGACACGAAACUUGUAUGCUACCAAAUUUAUCAAGACGAUGGUUAUAGCAACAUAAUUUUUGUAUUUGAGAACAAGAUUCUAUUAUUGAGCUUUAAGAAUGAACACAAUUUCUUACUUAAGAAUGCGAUGCUUAAUGAAAUUUAUACGUACAAUGAAUACAACAGCUAUAUUACCUGUGCCAAAAUUUCACCCGAUAAUAAAUAUUUAGUUUUGGGUACAAAACGUGGCCUUAUUGUCUUAAAUAUAACUUUCCAAUUAGAAAGGUUUGAAAGCAAUAUAAGCGAAAUUAUUCCAUGUGAAAUGUUUCGAAGAAAUGUUAGCGAAACUAUCUCAUGUGUUGAUAUCUACGCGUCAAAUGAUCGUAUAUAUAAAUACGUCAUUAUUUGUGGCUCAAAAAAUAAGAAUGCUUUAAAUCUUUUCGCCCUACGUCAAAAUUUAAAAGGUUCACUUGAAUGGGAUCACGUAGAUACACAAGAUAAUAGCGAUCAAUAUAAUACACUACAGUUGGAAGCAGAUGUAUAUUUAAGAGGCCGCAGAUUAUUUGAUAUUACCAACGAGGAUGGCACAGUUCUUUUGGCUGUUGAUUCAAAGAACAGAGUACAUCAAAUACCAACAAGUUCCACAAAAAAUUGGUCGGUUAUAUUACCUUCUAUAUCAUCGUAUUCUAUCACAGCUAUAACAGCUGUAAAGCAAAAGAUUUUCAUUGGUCAUGAAAAUGGUGCUAUACAAGAUUUAUCCAGCGAAACGUAUGAAACUAUCUUCAAUCAAGCGGUAUCGUAUCUACAACUAGUGACUGAAAAUAUACUCGUUGCAUCGUCAGUAAAGGAAGACAAAACUUACGUUAAAUGUUUACUUUCGGAAAUUGUAAAGUAUCUCGACAGUGAUACGAAAAUCAGUUUUAUGAUAUUAGAACGAUUUUUAUUGCUUGUACAUAAAAACGGUGUUAUAACGAUAUUGGACGCUGCCAAUGAUUUCAUUCCUAUUUCAUUCCAGGGCAUUUGCUAUUUAGAUGAUAUAUAUACAUACGAAUCGGGUUCUAUAUAUUUAAAUGGUCCAAGUGAUCCUUCAAAACCUGGUGUAUCUUCAACAUCAAAAUUGCGAGAUUGA